GUUUCCAGUUAUAACAACGCGCGAAAAACGGACAGAUACUGAGAUGAGAUAGAAAAAUGAUAGACUUUCCACAUACUCGGCGAACGUUGAAAGACCUAGAAAACGAUUUGCGAUGCAGUGUUUGUGGCCAAGUAGCAGGGAGUCCCUGUACCUUGGGUGGAUGUGAACAUAUUUAUUGCAGUAUUUGCUGUGAGGAAUUGCUGGGUGAGAACUGUGUUAUCUGUCACAUCCCGGUUCAUGUGAAGGACGCUCAGGUAAACAGACAGCUGUUCAACCUUGCGAACUUGUGUAAACGGCUGGAUCAGAUACUGAGUAGCCCAGAGAGCAAUGUUUCAGAAAAGAGCCAGUUCAGCGACACCGUGGGGACCUUUAUCAGCCAUGCUGAAGAUGUUACUGAAGAAGGUGUUAAUGCUGAAAGUGUUAAUGAUGGUGUUUAUGACUUUGUCAGUCCAGAAAAGUCCACGCCAACAAAAUUACCCCACAAACGGAAAUCUUUGGACAAGACAGAAAAUCAGCGACAAAGAUCUACGACUUCGGUGGUAAAAGGACAACAAUCAUUAACUCCUGGUCCAGAAAUGGUGGCUGUCUCCAACAGAACAGGUUCUCAUGUUCACAAGACUACUAACAGGGGAUUGAGAGGGCAGACUACCAGUUCAGAUGUUAGAGAAAUGAGAUCAGCAGAGCCAGGGGACCAGACAACGAUGACCCAAUUCUUCGACUACAUGGAGAUGAAUGAUGGGAUCACUCUUGACCACAGUGGCAGUUGUUCAGCAAACGUUAGCUCUGAGGAAAGGAAUGCAUCAAAGAAGAUGAGUGAAAAGUCCACAAACGGGAAAGCAAGUGGAGGAUCCAAAGGAAAAACAAGUGGCAGAUCAGAAGGAAAAACAAGCGGUGGAUCAGAGGGAAAAACAAGUGGUGGAUCAAGGGGCAAAAGGAGGCUAUCAAAGGGGUCAAGCAUUUUGAGAGUUAGAAAAGCUGGGGAUAAUGUCAUGGACUCAAAGUGGGGCGAUGAAGAGGAUUUGUCCUUGCUGCAUAGUAGUAAAGGGAAAGACUCAAAAGUCAGUGAGGCUUCUGAUACACAGAGAAUUUCUAACAGAGGCGAGAAAGUUUCCCUGGUGCAUGAGAAGUGGAGUGACACAGAUCUGCCAUCUGAUAGUAAAAAAGGCAGGAGAAGUACCAUGGCAACAGAAACCACUACCUCGCACACCAGGAAGGCAGCCAGAAGAAGCUUGCCAGGGCGUCUAGAUCAAACGCCAACACCAAAAAAGUUUACAAGGACCAGAUCGGGCCCUCAGAGAAAUGAAAGUUGCUUGAACUCUUCAAUGAACAGCACUAGGAAAAGCAACCAAAGCAGCAUUGAUAAGAAGAAUGUGAAAGGAGAGACUCCACUCCAAGUAGCUUGUAUCAAGGGGGAUCUGGAGAGAGUGGAAACUCUGCUGUCAUCUGGAGCAAAUCCAAACACCAGAGACAAUGCGGGCUGGACACCACUUCAUGAAGCAUGUCAUUAUGGCCACACAGAAAUAGCAGAAAAACUUCUUGGUGCAGGAGCACUUGUUGAUGUCCCAGGAACUGAGAAUGAGACUCCAUUACAUGAUGCCGUCAGACACAUGAAGAUGGGAUGUGUCACACUAUUGGUUCAGCACGGGGCCUCUGUGAAUGCUAGAAACAUAAAAGGGCUUACCCCUGUGGACCUUGUCGGGAGUAACAGGGAAUUAAGGUCUGCACUGGAGACUGAGGCACCCAGAGUUGUCACACCCUCUGUUGUACAGGUGGACCCUCUCUAUUACCAGAGUCUGUGUUUCCUGGGUACAGGGUUAUCACGAGACCAGAGGAUCACGCUGCAGAAGUGUGCCUCACAACUCCAGGCCAGGGUGGUGGAGGACUUCUCCCUUGAGGUGACCCACAUAGUGACUACAUGCAACAAAGAGGGACUGUGCCCACGUACCAUUAAGUACUUACAGGGGGUACUUACCGGACGCUGGAUUGUUAACAUGAACUGGGUAGAAAUGUGUCUGGAAUAUGGAAUGAAAGUUUGUGAAGAAGCAUUCGAGAGCCCGGGAACCAGUUCCGACCCGGAGUCAAGGGCGGCUGAGAAAGGACGGGUCAAUCGUCAGAAGCAGCUGCCAGGGUUGUUUGAUGGGUGCCAGUUUUACUUCUCUGGGAACUUUGAAUACCCAACACCAGAGAAAGAGGACCUGGUAAAACUGGUCACGAUGGGAGGGGGUCUGGUGAUUCACCGAGAACCAAGGCCAGGACACAUCCCUGAGGCAGAUAUUACCACCCCUUACCACGCUCCAGUUGGCAUGGAAACAUGUUGCAUAUUUGUUGUCCAUGACAACAAAUGUAAAUUUCAGCCAAUCAGAACUUCCGUAGUUUCCACAGUGACAGCUUCUUGGAUUAUGGAUAGCAUCAGUCAGUUUAGAUUAAUGCAUUAGUAAACGCUGUGAGCUCAGAGAAACGGAUCAUUUUGUGUGUAAGAAGUGAUCGUUGGAUUUGUGAGCAGUAAGAAGUGACCAUUGGAUUUGUGAGCAGUAAGAAGUGUUAGUUGGAUUUGUGAGCAGUAAGAGUGAUCGUUGGAUUUGUGAGCAGUAAGAAGUGUUCGUUGGAUUUGUGAGCAGUAAGAAGUGAUCGUUGGAUUUGUGAGCAGUAAGAAGUGUUCGUUGGAUUUGUGAGCAGUAAGAAGUGAUCGUUGGAUUUGUGAGCUGUCUUUUCCUGAGAAUAUUCGUUGUUUGUGAACCAGUCAUUAUGUUGUGAAUAUGUGCAUGAUGUGUGGGUGUCAGCUCAUUCACAAAUAUUACAAACAUGUAUGUACUACUAUAGAACUUGUUCAUGUAAUAAACAUAAUGAUAUAUAU